CUGUUUCACAUUAUGUUGUUUCAUGUCAUAUUCCAUGUCACGUUGUUUCAUGUCAUGUUGUUUCAUGUCGUGUUGUUUCAUGUCAUGUUUCAUGCCGACACCUUCUGGAGGGAUCAGAGCAGAUCUUCAUCAUGAUGAUGAUGUUCAUGAGGAUUUUUCGGAACCUGCUCUUUGUACAGUGUGUUGUGUUCACUGACCUGCUCUGUGUAGAGUGUGUUGUGUUCACUGACAAAGAAAAACUGUCAUAUUAUGUGCCUGUGUGAUGUCACUGUGAUGUCACAGAGUGACUGAUUGCAGCCUGGGUCCUGACCCUGAUGGUCUCAGUGUUUUGAUUCUCUUCGUGUUAAGGAUAGUAUGAGCGUUUCCACAUGUAUGUGAUUUUUAAAUGUACACUGGUGAGGUGGACACUGGUCAGGUGGAUACUGGUCAGGUGGAUACUGGUCAGGUGGACUCUGGUCAGGUGGACUCUGGUCAGGUGGACUCUGGUCAGGUGGACUCUGGUCAGGUGGACACUGGUCAGGUGGACUCUGGUCAGGGGGACUCUGGUCAGUUUGACUCUGGUCAGGUGGACUCUGGUCAGGGGGACUCUGGUCAAGUGGACUCUGUGUCCAUCUGUCUGUCUGAGCUGAUUCAGCGUCCACAGCAGUGGAGACACUGAGGACAGAAGACUGAGGACACUUCAGCUUCACAUCGUCUCUGAGAGACUUUGUUUGGUCCCUGGUGUGAAAAGACCUGAACUCUGUGUCUGUCUCUGACUGACACUCAGAUUUCACUCUGCUGAGCUGUCUGUCAUUGUCUUAAUGGACACUGAGGUCAGAGGUCAGUGAACAUCUCACAGAAAGACCUCAUUCAACUAAUUCAGUCCACUGAGACACGUUACUCAAGUCUGACAAGGGACGCAACAUGUGUGGACCUGUCUCUGAUGAGGACGUCAUGUUUCUUUUCUGAUUUAAGGGGGCGGGCGUGGUAGUGGGCGUGGUAUUUAGGGAGGGGUUUAGGGCUCAGAUUGGUUCAGAGAAGAUGAUUGACAGGGCCACAGUAACAAUGAGAGAAGGGGGGCAGGACUCUGGGAUCAGG